UGACUUCCAGUAAAUGACGGAAAAGCCAGACACGUAGAAACUGAAACUGGAUAUAGAGAGAUUUACAAUUCACAAAGUGUAAUUUUGGCAGAAGUCUUGUGAAAUAGACAGCACCCUUUGAUUCACCAUGUUGUCAAGACACCAUGUGACGGAGGGGCUCUAAAACAAAGGAAAGGGUUCGGGCACAGGAAUGCGAGCAAUCGUUGAGGCAAAAGUCUGGUUGAGCACUGUUUGAGCCAGCAGCUGGUGAUUCGACAUGAAGAUUAAAGCUACAAGGCAGUAAAGAAAAAAAAAGCUUUGGGAGGACCACCACAAUACAACAACUACCACGAUGAAUGGGACAACAGGCAACAUGGAAACAGCCAACGUCUAUAACAAUGGAAACCUCUCUGGGAAUGGCAGCCGCACCGGUAUCAUGAACAUUUCCGCAUCCAUGAACAUGGCAAUGAAUAUUCUCACCAUUGCCAUCCUCUUCAUCACCAUGAUUUCUAUUGGCUGUACGAUGGAGAUCUCCAAAAUCAAAGCCCAUCUCCUCAAGCCGAAAGGAGUUGCCAUUGCAUUAUUGGCCCAGUUCUGUAUCAUGCCACUGACAGCUUUCUGCCUGGCAAAAAGCCUACAGAUGGAUCCCAUAAAAGCUGUGACUGUGCUCAUCUGUGGCUGCUGUCCAGGUGGAAGCUUAUCAAACCUUUUUUCCUUGUUAGUGGAAGGGGACAUGAACCUCAGUAUCGUCAUGACAACUUGCUCCAGCCUUGCCGCAUUUGGCCUCAUGCCGUUGCUCCUCUACAUUUUAUGUCAGUGGUUCAGUGGGCUGGAAAACGCUGUGCCAUACAUCGGCAUCAUCACCACCCUGGUGUCCACCCUGGUUCCUUGUGGUUUUGGAAUACUGAUCAAUCACUACAAACCAGCUUACGCAUCAACUGUAAAACAAGUUGGCCUCAGCAUCCUGCUGGUCUCCACCAUCGUACUCGUUAUCCUGUCGAGCUUUGCCGUCAAAGAUGUGAUAUGGAUGAUCCUAAUGCCCGAUAUCCUCUCUGUGGCUGUGCUGAUGCCUCUGAUUGGCUUUACGCUGGGAUAUGUCAUGUCUUCCAUUUGCAAACUGAGUCCACAAUUCAGCCGGACCAUCUCCAUGGAGACAGGAUGUCAAAACAUCCAGCUGUGCACCGCCAUUCUGAAGGUGGCCUUUUCUCCACAGGUCAUCGGACCCAUGUUCCUCUUCCCACUGUUAUACAUGACAUUCCAGUGCACUGAGGCUAUUAUCUUGGCCCUAUUCUUCAGAUGUUACAAAACACUAAAGCCGCCAGCUGCGGAUAUAAGAAUGGAAUAUUAUGUUGAUGUAAAACAAGAGGAAGUGAAACAGCCGUGACAGCCUCAGACGACACACAGCUGGAGGGGGUUAUUGGAGAUGAGCCCAUGAUGGAGCCAGUUUAUGUCAGUCUGUCACAUAUGGAUCCGUGACUCUGACUAAAUACUGCCAACUUUAAUUUUGUAUUUGCUCAAAGACGAUGUAAGCUACAGUAAAAUAAACUAGCAGAGUAAAAAGCAACAGAUUUUUGGUGCAUCACUUCCUCCUCUGAAUCAUCCAGGAUGUGGGUGAAAACUGAUGAAAAGAGAAAUG